AUGGGGAAGAACUCGUUGCCGCCGGGGUUCCGAUUUCAUCCUACGGAUGUUGAGUUAACUGGGGAUUUGAAGUGGUUCUUCUAUUGCCCUGUUGAGAAGAAAGGGACUAGGUCCAAUCGUGCAACUACAGAUGGUUAUUGGAAAACUACUGGAAGGGAUAGGCCUGUGAACCAUAAUAAAGAGGUUGUGGGUUCAAUUAAGACUUUGAUUUUCCAUCGCGGGAAAGCACCACGAGGUGAGAGAACAGAUUGGUUAAUCCACGAGUAUAAACUCAAGGAGAAAGACGACACUUAUGUCCUCUGUGUCCUUUUCAACAAGGAUGGUAAGGGCCCAAAAAAUGAUGCUCAAUAUGGAGCACCAUUCAAAGACGACGAUUGGAGUGACGACGACUCUCCUCCCAUCGUGUCUAUCCUAGAAGCUGCUGGUAACAAAUGUCUCUGA